AUUUUGCACCUGAGCCGCAUCAGAGUUGCCAAAGAGCUGCAUGCUGCUCCAGAGCCGCGGAGCCGCGGGUUGCCAACCCCUGUUCUAGGACCACAUUGAGAAUUGUCCAUCUGAUUUGAAGAAGUACUUGGGUGUCCUACUGAGAACAGACCUUCCAAUGGUGUCUCUAAACCAGAAGACACCGUCUUCUCCAGUCAGCUACAACGCCACAGGUUUCUACCCCGACAAAGCCGUCAUGUUUUGGAAGAAAGACGGCGAGAAGCUCCUUGAGGGUGUGAAGCAAAUAGAAAUGCUCGAAAACCAGGAUGGAACCUUCCAGAUGUCGGUGGACCUGAAUGUGAAGGUCGACAUGGAGGACGGGUACGAAUGUGUGUUUCAGCUGACUGGUGUCAAGGAGGACAUCGUCACCAAGCUGGAGAGCAGAAGCAUCUUGAGCAACUUGAGCGGUGAAGACCUCAAUACAUCGACAUCUGGUGACAGAACCAUUAAGAGCCAAACCACGAUCCCACCUAGUACUACCAGUAGCACCUUGGAUGUCACCACUGAGAGCAACAAAGCCACCACCCGACCUAGUACCACCAGUGGCACCUCGGAUGUCACCACUGAGAGCAACAAAGCCACCACCACACCAACUCCUGGGCUCAACAAGACCACAGAUCUCCUGGAAGACAAGGUGUGCGUCGGCUGUGUUGUUGCCACGACACUGGUCCUUACAACGGUGAUCUAUCAUCAUCACCAUCGUGAUGGUCAAGCGUUACAGAGAGAGACAUGCUCAUACCCAUCAUCUGCUGUAUCAUCUGUUCCUGAAGUGAACACAGCUGAUCCUGGAUCGACAGUGCAACCGGCAGCUUCUGACCCUGGUUUGAAGAUGCAACCGACAACUACAGAGCCUGGCUUGACAGUGCAAGCAGCUGCAACAGUUACUACCGUGUCAGAAGCCAACCCUCAAUCGAGUUCUGAAGCAGCAUCAAAGAAAUUCCCUGUUCCUGCGUGGCAAGCUGUGCGUCCCGUCCUCCUAUUUCCUCCCUGGUUCUCUGGCUGCCCUUGGAUCUCGACCCCCUUGCUUUGGACAUGAACCUGUUGACGCCUCGCUUAGCCCUUGACUUCCUGCUCGUCUCACGGACCUCUGAGCUCCCUUGUCCUCCUGAUCUUCCGCC